AAAUGUUCGAAUUUCAAUUUCUUAAUUAACAUGUAGGACGAAGUAGUACAUCGUAAACAUAUCACGAGGCGUUACAACCUUAUUAGAUUAAAUAUGAGAAAAUCAUUGACUUUUUCUCAAAACAUUCGAAUUCCAUUUUGCUUUCAUCUAAUUAAUAUACGUACCGCUUAUUUCAUGCGAGAAUUUGAAAAAAGAAUUUAUAUCGUAUAAUACUUAAUAUAUCUAUGAAAUAGUAUACAGGGUGCAGGGCGCCCAUACAUUUUCAAUGGCUUCAUAUGGAAUUUAUACAUCAUCCCUUUAAUCGAUCUUCGUUAGAACGUAUCGAAAGUCUCUGUAAAUCGAUAGAGGAAGAAUCUUUCAUUUUCUUUGAUAACAAGUGAAGCCAAUUCGAGGCUCCUCUAAUGUCUUCUUCUAUUAAAAAAUUUGGAAAGUAAUAAAUGGCUUCUGCUUUGUCAUAUGAGAAGAUACACGAGAGGAUAGAAAAUGAAUGCAGAAAAUUUUCUGUAUAAAUCGAUUCUGAAACUGAUGUUAUCGCUAACAUAUCAGCUAAACAAUGAGAUUCAGCAAUAAUAAUUUAAUUUCGAUUACAUGAUUGGCAACAGAGGAGCCUUAUUACGAUAUAUAUAUAUAUAUAUAUAUAUAUAUAUAUAUAUAUAUAUAUAUAUGCGAUAAUAUAAGACAUAAUGAAAAUAUUUUUUAUUUUAAAUAAAAUCAAAAGGAAUUGAAUCAAGUUAAUUAUACGUUAUGGUAAAAGUUCCUGGCGUGUUAAAGCUUUUGGAAACUUAAUUCCGAUGCGAGUAUUGGCGAUCUAAUCAAUUUCGAUCGGAUAUAAAAGAAAAAAAAAAAAAAAGAUACAUUUUGUGAUUUGAUUAACGUGUGAACAAAAAGAGAAAAGAAAGAAAAAAAGAAAAAAAGAAAAGAGAAAGAAGAAAAAAAGAAAAAAUUAUAAACAUUAGAAUCGUUAAUCGAGUUCAGUUAGAUAAGAACGAAUGAGUUGGAUGCAAAAUCCAUGCAUCUGCCUUAGACAGAAAAAAAAAAAAAUAUAUAUAUAUAUAUAUAUAGAAUGAAAAUAAAAGGAUUAAUCAAUUACUUAACACAUUGAUCUCUUCACGUAGACACAAGCCGAGUGAGAGCAUUAGCUUAAUUUUUUGUGCAAAAAAAAAUAAAAAAGAAAAGAAUGAAGUAAAGAGUUACAUGCAGGAACUCGUGCGAAUUAUAUAGAUUUUGCCUUAAGACUGCCAUAACGUGUUAGGAGAGAAGAGCAAUAUUAUUAAAAAAGAAAAAAAAACGAGAAAAAAUAAACAAGAAAAAAAACACAAAAAAAAACAAAAAUAAAAGGAAAAGAAAGAAAAAAAACAAAAAAAAAAAAAAACAAACAAAUAAAUGACAGAAAAACUUUAUGAAACUGUAUAUAAUAGGUUAUAACACAGGGAUAUGCCUGCGAUCAGAUGUAUUUUAGAUAUGUAAGGUUAACGCAGAUUAUAUGUAUUUGAUCUUAUAAUGAAAAAGGGUACAAAUUACAGAUCUAUAUGUUUUUAGUGCAUUUGUACAUACAUCAAUCACAUUUAUACAUAUACACGCACACCAAAGAUUCACCGUGGAGGACACGUACACGAUUUAGGUAUAUAUUUAUUUAUAUUUUACUUGAAAAUUUUGCACUUCCAAUAUCGCAAACAAAUGUCAUUAAUGUUUAUACGCAUGGGAUAUAUAUUAUCUAAGCAAGAUUCAUCAAUUCAUUCGAAUUAAUAUUACAUUCGUAUAAUAUUCUUCUUAUUGGAAUCUAUUUGUGCAAAAGAUAAGAUCUAUUUCAAGAGUAACAACUAUUCGCGAGAAAAAAGAUAAAAGAAAACUGAUAUACAAAUAUUGUUUUUGUAUUAUAAUCAAUGUUAUAUUACCGAUAAGUAAGUAAUAUGUUCGAAUUUACAUGAUCAUUUGUUUUUUGCCUGCCAAAUAAUCGACAUGAAAAUAAGCAGGUUUUAUCAAACGAUCGAAAUACUCUAUCUGUGACCUGUCUAUUAAAUAAUACGUAUAAGAUAAUACCUUUUUUAUACUAAUACUCGCGAAAAUCAUAUGAUUUUUGCUUUUAUCUUGUACCUUAAUGCGCUUUUCUCAUUUGUCCUGCUUUAUAAUAAAUUUAUUAAACCUUUGUUAAAGUGCUCGUUUUACUUUAACAAAAUUGAUAUAUCGAUUUCAAACACAUUUAAAAUUCAACUAGUAAAUUACUAUUAACUAUUAUUAAUUAAUUAGUAACUCAUACGUUUCAUGGCAAAUAUAUUUUUAUAAUUAUUAUUCGCGUAUUAAGUGUUAUGUUUUAUUAUUUACUAUUAUUUUAUAUUUUAUAUUUUAUCAUUUGUUAUUAUUUUAUAUUUAUAAACAGUUAACCAUUUGUAAUGACUCCUAAGGACUCAACCAAUCAGACUAUAAAAUAUUAGGUUAGAACCCCACAAUUUUAUCUUGCGACCAAUCCACUUUUUGAAAACCUUUCGAUUCUUCUGAAUCUUCAACAUAACUGAAUAAUAAAAUAACCGUGAAUUAUUAGAUGAAAUCUUGGACUCAAAAUUAUUGGCGUAAUUUGAUUCGUUAAAAUCUAUCCAAUGAUAUCCUUAAUCAAAAGUCAAAAAUCUUUAUUCAUUUGUUAGAACGUAUAACGUCUUCUAUUGCGCGGUAUAAAGUAAAAAAGGAGAAACGAUAAAGCAGCUGCAGGAAUAAAAUAUCAUAGAAAAUUGUUUAAAUUUAUUAAGCUGUUAUUUUAAAAACAAGAAAAUCUAAAAUGUCUCGAAUACGUCAAAUGUCGAUUUGUGGUGUUCGAAAUUUUGAUGAACAAGAUCAACCGAGAAUACGUUUCACGCGUCCUUUAACACUUAUUCUUGGACCAAAUGGUACUGGGAAAACAACUUUGAUUGAAUCAUUAAAAUUUGCCACAACCGGCGACUUUCCACCAGGUUCUGAUAGAGGAAAAGCAUUUAUUCAUGAUAAACAUACAUCAGGCUCUCGUGUAGUAAAAGGAUUUGUUAAAGCUGAAUUUGUAAAUGCUAAUGGAUGUAGUUACACAAUAUGUAGAACAAUUGAGUGUUUGUAUUCAGGAACAACAUCAAGAUUCAAAACUGUAGAUAGUACAUUAAGUAGGAGAGAAAAGGGUACAACCAAAGCAGUAUCAGUUACAAACCGAUGUAUCGAUGUAAAUACAGAAGUAAUAUCAGCAAUGGGUGUUUCCAAGUCAAUCUUGAAUUAUGUGAUAUUUUGUCAUCAAGAAGAAUUGAGUUGGCCAUUAGAUGAUGGGAAAAAGUUAAAAGAAAAGUUUGAUGAGAUCUUUGAAAGUGUUAGAUUUAACAAGGCCCUUGAGAAUUUUUUAAAAUGCAUUAAAAAUAUGGAACAGGGUUUGCGUGUUUUUAAAGUACAAAAAGAUGCAUUGAAAAAUGUUGUUAAUGAAGUUGAAGACAAAGAGAAAAAACGUCAAAAUACUAGGAACAGAUUAGAAGAUACCACAAAUGAAAUAAUGACAAUCGAUAAGGAACUUGAACCUAUAAUUGAAAAAAUUCGUGAAAUUGGAAAAAUGGAUACACAGUAUAAAACUUUAGUAGCUGAAAGAGAUAAAAAGCAAUUAGAAUAUGAUAUCAACAAACAACAAAUUGAAUCAUUAGAAGAAAAUAUACAAGUUUUUAAUGGAAGCAUGACUGAAUUAACUAAUCGUUUAGAACAAUAUGAUAAUAAUUUAUUAAAGAAAGCUUCUGAAAUAACAGAGGUAGAAAAGAAGUUGCAACAAAUUGCAUUAAGUGAGGCCAAGAUAGUAAAUAUAAUAACAGAAAAAAGAAUUUCUGUUGGUACAUUAAAGCAAAAAAUGCAAGAUCAAGAAAAAAAAAUUUCUUAUCGUAAUAAAACACUCAAUGAUAUGUUAUCUGAAUGGAAUAUGAGAAUACUAGUUGAUAAAAAUACAUCUGAUAUUGAAAUAACAGCUCUUGUUAAGAAUCUUGAAAAUAAGGUAGAAAAUCUUAAGCAUGAAACAGAAGUUAAACGGCAGAAGCGACAUGAAGAAGAGGAAGAGCUCCAAAAAGAGAUUGAUGUACUACGUUCUGAACGUUCAAAGACAGAAUCAGAGAUGAAUAUUAAAGAUAAUGAAGUUACUGAAACAAGAGAUCAAAUAAAUAAAAUUCGUACUGAAAUUACUCAGAUUGGAGUUGCUGCUAAUAAAUUAUGUUCUGUAGAAACAAAACUUGUAGAUAUAAAUAAAAAAAUUGAUGAUUUAUCUCAGUCUUGUGAUGUUAAUAAUAUAAAAGAGCAAAUAAAUGAUGAAACUGCUAUAAGAGAUACAUUGGAGUUAGAGAUAACUGCUAUUGAUGCAGAGAUAGAAGUUUUACAUAAACAUGCUACAUUACAAGCUGAGAUGGCAUUACAUAAUUCAACAAUGGAAACAAAAGAAAAAGAAGUAGAAUGUUUUAAAAAGAAACACGAAGAUACAAUUAAAAUGUUGCUUGAAAGUGAUACCUUACCUCAUACCAAACUAAAAGAUAUUUUGGACCCAGUACAACAAAAAUUAAUGGAUCGUAUAGAAACAACGACUCAUGAUAUACAAACAGAACAACAAAAAUUAGUAACUAUAACAACGACGUUGAAAUAUAACGAAGAGGAACUUCAAAAUAAACAAUCAGAAUUACAGUCUAAUAAACAGAAAAUAUCUUCUGUUUGUGAUUAUAAAGAUUUCGAUGAAGUGUUAUUGCUACAAUCAAAAAAAGUAAAAGAUUUACAAGAUAAAAGAGGAAUAUAUGCAUAUCAAAAUACUGCUUAUAAAGAAUACUUAAAGCAAAUUAAAAAACAAGAUCCUUGUUGCCCUUUGUGCCAUAGAAAUUUUGAUGAGUCAUAUGAGCUAGAUGCUUUAGUAAAAGAAAUGGAAGGUGAUAUCAAAAAUCAACCCGAAAUUCUUAAACGUUGCGAAGCAAAUUUAAAAAUGGAACAAAAUAAAUACGAUACUAUGUUACAAUUAAAACCAAUUGUAGAGAAGAUAAGUCUAUUGGAAGAUGUUGAAAUACCUAAAUUAGAAGGGAAUCUAAUAAGUACGAAGGAAGAAUUGACAAAGCAUCAAGCAAAUAUACAAGAAAAAGAAAAGUUAAAAGCUAUUCCUGAAGAUAUUUUAAAUAAAUCCAAAAGUCUAUUUGAAAAUGUUAUGCUUUGGGACCGAUUAAUAGAUGAAACGAAUAAUCUUAAGGAAAAAAUACUUAAUAUAGAAGAACUAAUGGUUAAAACAGGAACUAAUAAUACUAGAACUGUCUCUGAGGCACAAGCUCAACGAGAUUCAUUAAAAGCUUCUUUAAAGAAAUCUCGCGAUCAGAUACAGUAUUUACAGACAAAAUUAAAUACAUUUAAUGAGAAAUUGCAACAUGCUCGGGAAGAACGAAACAUCUUGUUUGAAGAACAAUUAAAAAUACAAUCGGAUAUGCAAAGAUUAAAAGAAUUGCGAGAUAAGCAAACAGAAUUAUAUUCACGGCAAGUAAUGUUAAUAGAAUCAGUGCAAAAAUUACAAGAUAGAUUUUCGUCUGAAGACAGCAAGUUAGAAACAGCUGUUUGUCAAUUGGAUCUAUUAAAAAAAGAAAAUUGGAUAAAAGAGGAGGACGACAGAAAAAUAGUAACAGAAAGAGGAAGACAAUUAUUUGAUUUGAAUAAAAUUCAAAAUGAAGUUAAUACUUUCAAUCAAUGUAAUAUUCUUGAUACUUUAACGAAAUUAGAACAUGAGAUAAAAACUUAUGAAGGAAAAAUUAUUGAAAAUGAUACGGAGAAAAAUAAAUUACAAACAAAGAUUAAAGAUCUAAAGGAUGAUAUAAGUCAUCAAGAAACGCGUAAAAGAAAUUUGAAUGAUAAUCUUAAAUUAAGGAAACUUCAAUUAACUGCACAGGAUUUACAGAAACAAUGUCAAAAUCUAAAUGAGAAGCUUGAAAAUAUGAAUUACAAGCAGAUGAUGGAAAAGUGGCAAAAGUUCAAAAAUCAUGAAGAAAGUUUGUUACGAAAGAAAAAUGUAGCAAAGGGAAAGCAAGAAGAAUUAGAAAGGACAUUGUUACAAUAUACUGAAGAACUUCAAAAGGAGAAUUAUAGAUUAGCUCGUAAAAAUUAUAUGGAUAAAUGUAUUGAAUUAACGAUACAAAAUGAAGCAGUGUCAGAUUUAAAAAAAUACUGCAAAGUGUUAGAUGCUGCAAUGAUGAAAUAUCACAAAGAACGUAUGGCGACUGUAAAUAAAAUAAUUAAAAAACUUUGGAAAGCUAUAUAUAUCGGAAAUGAUACAUCUUCUAUAGAAAUUCGUACAAAUGAUACUUCAGGUACAGCGUCUGGACGUAGAUCUUAUGAUUAUAAAUUAGUUCAAAUAAAGAAUGGAAGGGAAAUGGAUAUGCGAGGACGUUGCAGUGCAGGCCAAAAAGUUUUAGCAUCAAUUAUCAUAAGACUUGCAUUAGCUGAAACUUUUUGCAAAGAUUGUGGAGUUCUUGCUCUUGAUGAGCCAACUACAAAUUUAGAUGAAGAGAACAUGAAUAGUUUAGCGGAUGCUCUUAAUAUGAUUGUAAAAAUAAGAUCGCGAUAUCAAAAGAAUUUCCAACUAAUCGUGAUUAGUCAUGAUGAGAAAUUUUUAGUAAAACUUGCUCAACUAAAUAAUAGCGUUGGCUAUUAUGAACUUUAUCGUAAGGAAAAUGGUCUAUCAUCAAUACGAUUUCGUGAAAUGGGAACAGAUCCCUUUCACGAACCGCUUCCUAAACAAGAACUUGCAUUAUCUGAUAUGGAGGAAGAUGAAAGGAAUGAUAGCUUUCAACAAAUACAGUCGAAAAAAAGAAGCUUCGAUAAUAGAAAGGAUGAUGAUAACAAUAGACCAGCAAAGAAACGAUUUGUUCUUAAAUUAUAAAAGUAAGAAAUUGAGAGAAUACGUUUUUGUUACCAUAUUUGUAUUACAUAUUUAUAUGUAUUUAAUUAUUGCAUAGUGAUAUUGAAGUGCUUAUAAUAUUUGUCAUUAACAAUAAGAAAUGUAUUUUUUAUGAAUAUUUGAUAUUUCA